AUGGCGCAGGCAAAUAGCAAUGGCAAAGAUAGUAGAUGGUCUCUUCACGGAAUGACUGCUCUUGUCACUGGUGGAACCAAAGGAAUUGGGUAUGCUAUUGUGGAGGAAUUGGCGGGGCUAGGUGCAACUAUACAUACUUGUUCUCGUAAUGAAGUUCAGCUUAACGACUGCUUGAGCCAAUGGAAAAUGAAGGGUUUUGAUCAAGUCACUGGUUCGGUAUGUGAUGUGGUCUCAAAAGCUCAACGAGAGGAGCUUAUAAACAAGGUCUCAUCACUAUUUCAGGGCAAACUUAACAUCUUUAUAAACAACGUGGGAACUGCCGAACUAAAACCAGCAAUCGAGAGCACAACUGAAGAUUACGCAUGUAUUAUGAGUACCAAUCUUGAGUCUGCUUACCAUUUUUCCCAACUUGCACAUCCUCUUUUGAAAGUUUCAGGAGCUGGUAACAUUAUUUUUUUGUCUUCUGUUGCUGGCGUUGUAUCAGUUGGGACGGUUGGAAGUAUAUAUGGUGCCACAAAAGGAGCAAUGAACCAAUUGGCUAAAAAUUUAGCAUGUGAGUGGGCAAAAGACAACAUAAGGACCAACAGUGUUGCACCUUGGUUCAUCAGAACUCCCCUCACUGAGCCUCUUCUGAGUAACCAAAAUUUUUUGGAGGCUGUCAACUCUCGAUGCCCUUUAGGACGGACUGGAGAGCCAAAAGAGGUGUCUGCCUUGGUGGCAUUUCUAUGCUUCCCUGCAGCGUCUUACAUAACUGGCCAAACUAUCUGCGUCGAUGGAGGGUUCACUGUCAAUGGCCUCCUCUUCCAAGGACCAUGA